CUAUUGCAUUGCUCCCCUAACCGAAGAGAUUGUAUUCCGGGGCUGCAUGGUUCCAGCUCUGCUUGCUACGGGAAUGUCCAUAGGUAGGGUAUCACUGGUAGCUCCUCUCUUUUUUGGGCUCGCUCAUUUGCAUCACGCGGCGACACGUCUAUCGAAUGGAGAGCAACUACGAAUGGUGAUGCUCGCCACAACCUUUCAGUUUCUUUAUACGUCUCUUUUUGGUAGCUAUGCAUCCUAUGGUUUCAUUCGAUCCGGUUCCAUUCUCCCGGUGGUUUUGAGUCAUUCCUACUGCAAUUGGAUGGGAUUACCAAAUCCUGGGUUUGCAAUCAACGCCUACCAUCCCCUUCAUCGRUUUCGGAUGUUCAUUUUGUUCGCAUAUUUCAUCGGAAUAGUCACCUUUUGGUACACCUUUCACAUAGAUCUUUUCCUACCGCUUCCGGCAGAACUUCCUCGGUUUGUACGGUCAAACCAUGARUAAACGUACUGGCAAAAUCUAGUCUGACAUUGAAUCUGACGGAUGGAAAGCGUUUGCCUGAGUUCAWUKCUAUUCCUAGUACGAUACCAUUAUCAAUAAUAAUAAUGCCAUCAC